AGAAGUGUCAUCGUGAAGUUGUUAAUAAUCGCAAAAAAAGGAAGAAUAGUGUUUAACAUUAUCUGCAUUAAUUCGCUUUGUCGUAAUUGUUGUUAUAAUUGAUUAAUAUACUGGUUUCGGCUUUAUUUUUUUAUACAUAACAAUUACAUUAUCUUUAAUGUAAUUAAACCAAGUAGCUUGAAUGGACGGUAGUUCAUUCCUCACAUAACAACACGUCAUCGCUUUGCUUGUUGUAGUUCAAAUAAUGUCGACGUAGGAGGGUGGAAGUUGACAUAUUCGAAAAAUUGAAAAAAAUUAGAUAUAAUUGAAAUGAUGAGACCCUCCUGGGGUUCAAUUUCAACAGUAUUAUUUUUCUUAUUUAUUUUUAAAUCAAUUUAUAGUCUUUUUGGUAUAUUUCAAGUGCCGGUAUGCAAUAAAGGAGAUAUCUGUUAUAAAUCGUACUUACAUACAAAUCCUAAACUUGACCUAUAUGUUUUUGUAUCUGAUAAUUCUAGAUCAGGAAACCUUCGUGAAAUUUUCCAUUUAAAUAAUUUUGAUUACAAAUCGAUAUUAGAAAAGCAAGUAAGUCUUGAUAUAUCAAAAAAUGUUCGACAAAAUGGUUCUAUUACUAUUUAUUCCGUCUUGGUUCCAUCUAAAUACAGGCAAACCGAAAUUUUUGAAGAGUUAAUUAAUUUACCAGACUCUUCUUACAUUAAAAGCAGGUUAACGAAGUAUUCUGUACCAGUAAGUGCUACUUUUAAUCUACUUCAAGAAAAAGGUAAAGAUGUAAGCCGGAAACCUGUUACUCACCUUCGAUCUAGAUAUUCUGUGAUAAUGUGUACUGAUGACAUAGUAAUUCCUCAUUCUGCUGUUCCAAUGGAAAUAAUGAAUGACUUUAGAGUAAAUAGAAAAAAAGAAUUUCUACCACUUUUUCACAAUGAUAUUAUUAACAUGAGAUUAAAAGAUCUAGUUGAAAUCACUCCACUGACUACUAACUUAAACUUUACUUAUAUUUAUACUCCAACUUCUUUUGGAAAGAUGAGAUUUUUAAUGCAGAUUGGAUUGACAUUAAAACAAACUUUAGAUCUAGGUUUUACUGAAAAAGAUUUGGAUGAAGUUAAAGGAGUUUUUGCAGAUACCAAUCUGUACUUUUUGUGUCUUACAAUGUUUGUAGGCAGUGUACAUUUACUUCUUGAUUUUCUGUCAUUUAAAAAUGAUGUUAGCUUUUGGAGAUCACACAAAUCUAUGGCAGGAUUGUCUACAAGAAGUGUUUUGUGGAGGGCGUUUUCUCAAACUAUAGUGUUUCUUUUUUUGUUAGAUGAAGGUACAUCUCUUUUAGUUGUUGUACCAAGUGGCAUUGGUACUUUAAUAGAGUUUUGGAAAGUGAGUAAAGUAUUUAAAACGACUCUGAGCUGGAGAGGUUUAAAAUUCAAUAGGGAGAGAAAUGAAACUGACGAAGAAAAAAAAACUAGAGAAUAUGAUGAAGAGUGCAUGCGGUAUUUGAGUUAUCUUUUGUAUCCUCUAUGUGUAGCAGCAGCAGUUUACUCCCUUAUUUACCAGCCACACAAAAGUUGGUACUCGUGGACGAUCAACAGUUUGGUAAAUGGAGUCUACGCUUUUGGCUUCUUAUUUAUGCUUCCUCAAUUGUUCAUCAACUAUCGUUUGAAAUCGGUGGCUGCUUUGCCGUGGAGAGCUUUCACCUACAGGGCGUUCAACACAUUUAUCGAUGACAUAUUUGCUUUCAUCAUCACCAUGCCAAUAGCACACAGGGUAGCUUGCUUUAGAGACGACGUUGUAUUUUUGAUAUACCUAUAUCAAAGAUGGUUGUAUCCUGUGGAUAAAACCAGAAUUGAUAGUAUUACUGGGGAAAGUGUUGCUGUCGAUAAAAAGGAAGAUAAGAAGAAAGAAAAUUAAAGAUUUGAGUUUCUGUUCAUUUAUUUUUUUUUGUUAAUAAAGUUUUCUUUUAGUUUU